CUUUUUGAGAGCAACAAUAAAAUUUUCCUUUUUCCAAUGGAUCAUGAGAACGCUACUGUUAUGUCUGUUCUGUCAUGUGUUUUAUGAUUUUGUAAAUUUUUCUGUAUUUUGUUAUUGAGUUGCAUUCAGUUUGUUAGCAAAAGCUUUCGUCAUAGUGUUUGUUUGUUAUUCGUCUAGCUCAACUAGUUAAUAUGGAAAUAAAUACUUUAUAUACGUCCUUAACGGUUCUUAUUUUACAACUUUCCAUCGCUCUUGCUGUAUGGAAUACAAAUGAUUAUUUAAAAAGAGAACAUUCGCUUAUUAAACCAUACCAAGCUUCCGGUAUUUCUAUUCCAUUUUGGGAUUUUAUGGGUAGUGUCAUCAUCACUAAUAAUUACAUUCGACUAACACCUGAUAUACAGAGUAAAAGUGGUGCUAUUUGGAACAAUGUUCCCUGUAAAGUUAGAAAUUGGGAGCUUCAAGUUCAUUUCAAAGUUUAUGGAAAAGGUAAAGACUUGUUUGGUGAUGGACUGGCUAUAUGGUAUGCUAAGCAGGCUCUUACUGCUGGUGAAGUUUUUGGAAGUAUGGAUAAAUUCCAAGGAUUAGGAAUAUUUUUAGACACUUAUGCCAAUCAAAAUGGUCCUCAUAACCAUGGUCAUCCAUACAUAUCGGCUAUGGUUAACAAUGGCUCUUUGUCUUACGACCAUGACAGAGAUGGUACUCAUACAGAACUAGAUGGAUGUGAAGCAAAAUUCAGAAAUUCUGAUUAUGAUACUCAUAUAUCAAUCCGCUACGAAAAAGAUGUCCUGACAGUUUCAACAGACAUUGAUGGUAAAAAUGCUUGGAGGGAAUGCUUUAGGGUUGAAGGUGUAAGAUUACCUACAGGAUAUUUCAUUGGUGCUUCUGCCACAACUGGUGAUCUCUCAGAUAACCAUGAUAUUAUUUCAAUACGCUUGUAUGAAUUAGAAGUACCUGAUGAUAAAAUAAGUGCUGAGGAAGAUCGUUCAAAAAUUUCCCCAGCAGCUGCAUUUUUUGCACCGCCUAGAGAUCACAUAGAUGAUCCACCUCCUCCUAUGUCUGGAAUUAAAUUAUUUUUAAUAAUUGUAUGUGCUCUUCUCGGAAUCUGUGUGUGUAUAGUAGGUGGUGUUAUGGUCUUCCAAAGAAGUCAAGAUAAUUCAAGGAAGAGGCUUUACUGAAAAGUGGUUCUAAAUUAAGACAUUAAAAAAAUUUUGAAUCAUCCAAACUGACUGGAAUAAUUCGAGACUUUGAUGUGUAUAUUUGUUCAAAUAUAAGAACAGUUGUAUUUCUAUUUAAAAAUGCCUUCAUAUUUGAAUAAAAUUACACAUUUUGAA